AUGAACCCUAUUGAUAGUAAGAAGAAUCUAAAUAUAUUUAAGAAGGCAAUAACUGUAGCAGAUCCUUGUUUGGCUAUCAACAAAAAAGCUGAUCCCUAUGACAGUGAUAAUGAUUCUCAGAGUCUGUAUAUGUCUCUAGAUGUAUUAGCACAGGUGGCAACAGCAACUUUGGAGAAAGAUCCCAGAUUUGAUCAUAAGAAGUUGCCUUUAGUACCCAAAAAGUGUUUUUUACAAUAUUUUCGCUUCUUUGAUCUGGGUGUAUGUAUAUCUUAUGAUCUAUUUGGUGUAGAAGCUUGGAAUGCGGACCUCAACGAGACAUUUUAA